AUGAUUCAUACGUCGGUCGAAAUAGCAGCCCCGCCAGAUCAAGUCAAAAAUGUUAAAGACGAUGUCAUCAGUGGUACUAUGGGCGGGGUAAAUUUCACUGCUAAAAUCAUAGAAUGCAAUGCGAACACUCUUUCCUGGACCGGACCACCAGUCUAUGGCCUCUUCCGGGGCAUACAUGUGUUUAGGUUCGAGAAGUCGACUGUUACAGGAGGUGGGACGACUUUUGUGCAGGAAGAAAGCUUCGUCGGUAUCAUGGCGUGGGCUUUCAGCCCAGUUCUACCUCUGGGUUGGGUGACCAAGAGUUAUUUCAAUAAGUUUAACGCUGAAUUGAAAGGGGAAGCUGAGGCGCGAUAUACGCAUAGUUAA